UGAAACCCUAAAAUCAAUUUUGCUACGGUACACUUUCCCCUUUGUUCUCCUCCUUCUAUUUCUUUCUUCUCCAUUUCUCAAACUGAGUGAAAUUUGUGAUUACUGUCUCAAACCUUAGGAAAACUGAGUUGCAUUGGUGAAAGCCUUAAUAGGUCUCAAAUUCAGUCCUUCAAAAUCAAGUUCGUGCUGAAACACGAAUCUUAAACUGGAAAUUUGAAAAGCUCAACCCCGCUGCUGAGGAGGUCGAGCACGUGGUGGUCCUAAAGCCUUUUCUUUUUCUGUUUUAGGUGUCGGUUGUCAUUCAAUCGAUCCCAGAAGAGAGCAAGAGUAGUAACAUAAGAAAAACUCAGAUCUAGCUAUGGUUCGCGACAAUUCAAAAAGGUUCAAAUAUGAGAAAAGAUGAUGAAGUAUUUGAUUUGAUGUUCUAAAAACCAUGUCUAAUUUGACUUCUGCAUCCGGUGAAGCUAGUGCACCUUCAGGCAACAGAACCGAAAUUGGUUCUGAUUACUUGCAGCAAUACUUGCUAGCCCACCAACUGAAAUGCAGGCCCCACCAAAGAAAAAGAGAAACCUUCCAGGCAAUCCAGAUCAAUGCUGAAGUCUUUAUCGUUCUGUACUGCAUUUGAACUCCAUGCUGGAGCUGAUAAUGAAGUUGAAGGAAGCUCAAUACAACAACGUUUAGUUUGAACUGCAUUUGUCAGAAGCUUAGACAUACCACAAAUACCUACCAACAACCAACAAGAGAUCAUUAAUGAGCCGUCGCAUUGGAGAAAACCUGUCGGUAAAGCGGUGUCUUGCACUUGGUAGGAAUUUGUUAGGGUAUAGUGACUCACCUUUCCAAGACAACUGAAAAUGCCGGUUAUGAAGCGAUAUGUUCUGAGAUUGUUCAUAUCAUUGAAGUAUAUCACUGCAAACGUGGUAGACAGAAGCAAUGGUCGAAUUGUAGCAACAUCAUCCACAGCAGAACACACCAUUAAAGAGUCACUUGAGUGUGGCAGGUCCUGCAAUGCUAAAGCAGCUACUGUUGUUGGAGAAGUAUUGGCCAGGCGGCUCAAAGUUGAGGGCCUCAAUGAAGGAGAAGGAAGAGGGAUUCAUGCAAACAUCGGUAAAGAAGUAGGGAAGAAGGGAUUUAAGAACCAAACCAAGGUUUGGGCUGUUAUGAAUGCUCUCAAGAACAAUGGAGUCAAACUCAUCCUCGAUGAUGAAAACGAUGAUAAAAAUUCUUGGCCUGGUUCAUAAUUAAAAUAUCAUGGUACAAUCUGCUGAAAUAUGUAAUUGGAUUAUCAUUUCUUGCAUUUGACAUCUAUUUGGUAACUAUUUCUUCCUCCAUAGUUUCUUCCUGCAUCUCCAUAAGGAAUGAGAAAUUCAAAUAUGCAUUUCAGAUUAAAUAAUUCAAAAUACAUUUAUUAUUUGUAUUCCACAAUGCAUAAUCUGAAAUACAAAAUUUAUAUUAUGAAAUGCAUAAACAUGGAAUAUAAAUUUGUAUUAUAGAUUGAAGGUUCCGGAUUACAAAUUUUUUAUUCCAGCAGAAUGUAUUUUGUCUUUUGUAUUCUGAAAUGUAUAACCAAGAAUAUAAAAUUUAUAUUUCUGAUUGUACAAUAUAUUUUUUAUUUUGGAU